CACUUGUGGUCUUUCUGUUUUCAAAGAACUUUGAUAUUCACUGAAAUUUCAUGACACCAAAAUAUGGUCCUUUACUACAAGAGGUAUCUCAACCAAGACCCUAGAAAAGUAGAGGGAAGUUCAUUUUUCUUCCCAUACGUUAUCCUUUAUUCUUCAAUGACUAAAGGAGCAGUCCUCCAGACCCUGAAGAUGAGUCCCUUCAAAAUGUCCACAGCACUUCUCGUCCUCCUGACCGCAAUGCUGACUACCACCCAGUGUGAUGCAACCAGCAACCCUGAUGAUAUGCUUCCUGCCUUCUGCCUGGAGUCUUCUUACACGGGUCCCUGCAAGGCCAGUUUCACCAGGUGGUUCUUUAACAUCAACUCAGGUUUCUGUGAAAAAUUUGUGUACGGGGGGUGCAGACGUAAGCUGAAUCACUUCCUGACAGAGGAGGAGUGUAAGAGCACCUGUAUGGGGAAAAAACUAGUAGGCCCAGUGAAACGAGAAGUCACGGGAGAAGACGCAGAACCAGCGGAAGGAGAGCUACCACCUGUGGCAGAAGAGCUGGCAACUGCGAAAGAAGAACGAGCACCUGAGGGAGAAGAACCAGCACCCAAAGCACUAGAAUUCGAGGAAGAGCAAGAAUCCUUUGAGGAUCUGGCAUCCGAGGAGUAACCAGGUCGUGGCUUCUGGGCUGCCCCAAGACGCUGAGGGCUGAUGGUCCCACCCAAGACCCUCUGUAGCUGCCUCUGAAACUUCGGCCUCCUGCUCCCCUCCCGGCCCUGCCCUCAGCAGCAGCCUGCCUGCCGCUUCCCCCCAGGUCCUGCUUGUCUCUGCUCUGUCCAUCCUGGCAGACUCUCAGCUCCCCCAGAGCAAGAGUCAAGUGCCUUGGUUUGCUUCACACUGUACCUCCUGCGCUGAGCACGGCUGCUGGCCAGAGGAGACGCUGGCAGAUGCUUGUGGAAUGAGGAUGCCGGACACACGAGCACGUCUGUCUCCCCUGGACUGACUCGAGAGCUCGAGGCUUGAGGCCAGGACCAGUCCUGACCCUCGUCCUCACCCCACCCUCCCUGGCUGCUUGGGGGGUGGCAGUGGUGGACUUUCUGACCUUUGGCCUGAAGGUCAGGGAUCCUGCCCUGAGGGGUGGUGCUCGGCCUCCUGUCUGUGGCUUCCAACACUCUGUAGUUAAAUAAAUUCGCCCUUCCAUGCAGUUAAGUGGAGUGGAUUCUA